AUGGCUCCCCCAAAACCCCCAAAUCUUUCUUCUAAAGAAAUUUUAGAAGAAGCCAUUCAACUCACUUCCCAACAUAUUACUCAUGCUAUGCAAGAAGCUAAUGACCAGAUUGAUGAUCGUUUUGCACAGAUUUCUUCAGAUCUGGCCCAACAAGUUGGACAGAUCCGGACUCAACUUGAGAACGAGAAGUCCGUGGAGGACUCCCGCUACGAGGCGCUUAUGGCUGCACUUGGCAAGAUCUCGCUGCAGCAGGAGAAACAGCCACAGCAGACCGCUGCUGCUACAGGACCCUCGGGAUCUAGUUCUUCUGGUAAGUCUCCCCAUCAAUCUUCCAUCUCUUUUGGAUCAACCCCUUUUUCCCAGAUUUUAAAUUCUGCCACUACACCUCUUAGACAAUCAACUUACAUGACUCAACCCAUUCCUCAACCUUCUAUUCCUACCCAUUCUGCCACUACCCCUCUUAGACAAUCAACUUACAUGACUCAACCCAUUCCUCAACCUUCUAUUCCUACCCAGCAACGCUUCUAUUCUGCCCCUCUCCCACCACCACUUUUCCCUACUUACCCACAAUUUAUCCCAACAAUCCCUACAUUUUUAUCUAACCAGAAUCUUCAAACUCAAUUUUCCCCCCCAAACCCUUACUCACAGCAAACCCAUAUUCCCACCCUACCACCACUCAGAACACCCAAACUUGAACUUCCCCCUUUUGAUGGAUCCAACCCACUAGAGUGGCUGUUUCAAGCAGAACAGUUUUUUAGUUUUUACAAUUAUCCGACAGAAAAUCGUUUGUCGCUUAUUUCCUUUUAUAUGAAAGGUGAUGCUCUUGGUUGGUUUAAGUGGAUGCAUCAUAGUCAUUUGCUUACUGAUUGGGUCUCUUUUACACGGGCUUUAGAGCUGCGUUUUGGCCCAUCUACUUAUGAAAAUCAUCAGGCUGAAUUAUUUAAGUUAAAACAAGAUGGCACAGUUGUGGAAUACCAAACCAAGUUUGAACAGCUCGGCAAUCAAGUUGUGGGAUUGCCCCAAGAAGCUAUUCUGAAUUGCUUUAUUUCUGGUUUACAUCCUGACAUACGAAAUGAGAUGGCAGUCCACAAACCUACCAACAUAUCACAAGCUAUUGGCUUAGCUAAAUUGAUUGAAGCCAAACUAAAGGACUCUAAGCCCAAAUUCACCAAAACCUAUGCCAACACAUACAGCAAGCCCAUAUACACUAACUCUUUGAGUCUGUCACAAAAAACAGUUCCCAACCCUUCCACCCCACUAAACACGGUUUCUAAACCGCCUUCCACCAGCCAACCCAACCGCUUACCCAUUAGAAAAUUUUCACAAGCCCAGAUUCAAGAAAGACGAGCCCAAGGGUUAUGUUUUAAUUGCGACGAGAAAUUCAUACCCGGUCAUAAAUGUGCAGCAGCAAGGUUUCUUAUUCUUAUGUGUGAGGAUGAGUUUGUGGAGCACGACAUUAUAAAUGACACAAUUCAAGAGCAGGAUCCACAACCAGACCCAGCGGACACCUAUUUUCAAUUAUCCACUCAAGCUCUAACGGGCCAGUUUUCUCCACAAACACUUAAAUUCAAAGGCUUGAUUGGAGGUCUAUCAGUUAUGGUCCUAGUUGACACAGGGAGCACUCACAACAUACUUCAGCCUCGAAUAGCCCAGCACCUCAAUCUUGCUACCACUCCAAUUCCUCAAUUCUCCGUUAUGGUCGGAAAUGGCUCUCACCUUCAAUGUGAAGGAAUUUGUCCCAAUGUCAAACUCAUUCUCCAAGAAAAACAAUUUAAACUACCUUUCUACCUUCUACCCAUUGAGGGGGCUGAUGUUGUCCUAGGGAUGGCUUGGCUAAGGACACUUGGAACCAUCCAAGCUGAUUUUUCUAUUCCUUCAAUUACAUUCCAACAUAACAACUCCCCAAUGACCUUACAAGGAGACUCUACUUCCCUUCCCCAACCCACUUCUUUCCACCAAUUGAAACAAUUAAUCCAUCAACACUCAAUUAGUUCUUUCCAUCUAAUGAUACUACACUCCACUCCAUCACCCAACCCUCCCUUGGAACCUGAACCACUACACAAUUUACCUAAAGAUACUGACCCACAACUUUCCAGAAUUCUGCAUAAUUACCCUUCAGUUUUUCAGCCACUCAAUACCCUUCCGCCUCCUCGUUCCCACGACCACCACAUUAACCUUUUGCCCAACACUAACCCUAUCAAUGUGAAACCUUAUCGAUACCCUCAUUCCCAAAAGACAGCCAUGACAAACAUUAUUGAGGAAAUGUUAAAAGAAGGCCUAAUCAUACCCAGCCAUAGUCCUUUCUCAUCCCCGGUGUUACUUGUUAAAAAAAAAGAUGGGACGUGGCGUUUUUGUGUUGACUACCGCGCAUUGAAUGCAGUCACAAUUAAAGACCGUUUUCCCAUACCCACAAUAGAUGAACUACUUGAUGAACUCGGUUCUGCAAAAGUUUUUACCAAGUUAGACCUACGCUCAGGCUAUCAUCAGAUCCGAAUGGCAUCAGAAGAUACACAUAAAACAGCUUUUCGUACUUUCGACGGACAUUAUGAAUUCUUAGUUAUGCCCUUUGGCUUGACUAACGCCCCAUCUACAUUCCAAUCUGCUAUGAAUGACCUUUUGAGACCAUAUUUACGAAAAUUUGUUUUAGUUUUUUUUGAUGACAUACUGAUUUAUAGUUCCAAUUUUACUGAACAUUUAGAUCAUUUGCAGGUGAUUUUUGAAUUACUUAAGGCUAACAGUUAUGUGGUGAAACUAUCUAAAUGUGUAUUUGCAGUUCCUACAGUUCACUACCUAGGACAUGUGAUUUCCAAGGGCACAGUGGCACCAGACGCAGAAAAGAUUAAGGCUAUUUUAGAUUGGCCUCAGCCACGUUCACUCACGGCACUCAGAGGGUUUUUGGGCCUUACCGGAUUUUAUCGUCGCUUUGUAAGAAAAUACGCCUCUCUCGCCGCUCCCCUCACCGAUCUUUUGCGUUCCACUAAAUUUGUUUGGAGUACAGAGGCCUCCAAAGCCUUUACAGAAUUACAACAUCAUAUGACCGACAUGCCGGUUUUGACACUACCAGAUUUUACAAAAAAAUUCAUUGUUGAGACCGACGCUUCAGGAGUAGCCAUAGGUGCUGUGUUGUCCCAAGAAGGCCAUCCCAUUGCCUUUUUCAGUAAAAAGAUGUGUCCUCGGAUGCAAGCUUCCUCUGUUUAUGUCCGUGAAAUGUUCGCUGUAACAGAAGCAAUAAAGAAGUGGCGUCAAUACUUAAUUGGGCAGGAAUUUCAUAUAUAUACAGACCAGAAAAGCUUAAGAAAUUUGUUGUUACAGAAGAUCCAAACUCCAGAACAGCAAAAGUGGGCAGCGAAAUUACAGGGUUUUAACUUCGAAAUUUUUUACAAACCUGGGAAGUCAAAUGUGGUCGCUGAUGCUCUAAGUCGGAAAUAUUCUGCAGAGGAACCGUUGUUGUUUUCUUUGUCUUCAGCCAUACCGGAUCUCCUAUCCAGAUUGCGCUCUUUCUACACUACAGAUACAGCAGGAAAACAGUUACUUUCGAAGUUACAAACAGAUGACGCAGAACAGUCGCUAUUCAAGGAAUCAAAUGGUUUGUUACUCUAUAAGGAUAAGUUGUACAUACCAGACAUAGAUCAACUGCGAGCACAAGUCCUAAAAGAAUUUCAUGCCACCCCGAUAGCUGGACACUCAGGCGUUAAAGCCACUCUUGCGCGUGUUUCUGCUUCUUUCUCUUGGCCAGGCAUUUACAAAGAAGUUAAACACAUGGUUAAAUUCUGUGAUACAUGUCAACAUAACAAAUAUUUAACACAGAAAAAGAAAGGUUUACUUCAGCCCUUACCAAUUCCAGAAAAGGUUUGGGACGAUAUCUCAAUGGAUUUCAUCACACAUCUGCCGAAUUCGUUUGGUCAUACAUGUAUUUGGGUCAUUUGCGAUCGCCUUUCCAAAACUGCUCACUUCAUUGCUCUUCCAUCUCAGUUCACAGCUAAAGACAUUGCAAAUCGUUUCACAGUGGACAUUGCUCGCCUUCAUGGAGCCCCCAGAUCUAUUGUCUCCGACAGAGAUCCUUUGUUUCUCAGCAACUUCUGGAAAGAAUUUCACAAAACACAGGGAACAACUUUAAAAUACAGCACUGCUUACCACCCGGAAACAGAUGGUCAGACCGAAGUUUUGAAUAGAUCUGUCGAAACAUACCUUAGGUGUUUUGCGAGCACACACCCCCGACAAUGGUUUAAGUACCUUCAUCUUGCAGAGUAUUGGUACAACACCUCUUUUCAUUCCGCCAUCAAAACCACUCCUUUCCGCGCGCUGUACGGUCGUGACCCUCCCUCAAUCUCAGAUUACUUGUCUGGAUCUGCCCAGGAACCUUCAGUGGACACCAUCUUGCAACAACAUCAGGAGAUCUUAAAGACAUUAAAAGCACAUCUUCAGAAAAGUCGGAUUCAAAUGGAGAAACAAGUGAACUUAAAAAGAAGUGACGUUACCUUUCAACCUCAUGACCUUGUCCUUCUCAAACUUCAACCAUAUCGCCAACAAACAGUUCAGAAGCGGACGUCUCACAAAUUAGCCCAACGUUUUUUCGGUCCUUUCUCCAUCAUUAAACGUGUCGGAAAUGUUUCAUACAUGUUGGAUCUUCCGUCUUCGUCACGUAUACACCCUGUUGUUCACGUCUCCCUCCUCCGUCCUUAUUUUGGAGACAACCCAGAGAAGGAUUUCCACCCAAUACCGCCUGACACACGUUUGCUGUUAGAUCCAGGUGAAUCUACAUCCACCGAAACCUGCAAAACGCACAUGAAUGAAUCAAUACAAGAAACCGUAACGGAAUCUGUUAUAAAUGGCGGAACGUUGCCGGAUAUCUUACCUUCGUCUCUGACCCCAUCUUGUGCGCUAAGAUCUGACCCAGCAAAGAUGAACGGAGCGCCGGCACCUUCAUCGCAUACUGAGAGCGAUUUUGUCAAAGGAGAACAAACUAGAACUGAGAAAGUUUCUGAAGAGAAAGCGAAAGAGAAAGAGAAAGAGAAAGAGAAAGUGAAUGAUUUUGGAACGCAACAUGGAGACUUAAGUGUUUCACUUCAAGGGUUUAAGUCUGAACACUCCACCCCACGUGAUCUCAACGGAUCUCUCAUUAAAGCUUCUGCACCGUUAGAUGUUCAUCCAAUGGUGGACACGCUUUCCCAGGCCCAGCUGUCUUCCACGCCCCAGCUGUCUGCACAGUUCCAAGACAAUUUUCACACGCCAAGGACCCACUUUCCGCGUUUUGGUCUUCCCACGCGUGAGGGCACACUGCCCAACAUAAUCCUUCCAGAUUUUUCCCUCCUACCAGCUGCCAGCGGAUUUCAAAAUCCCUCCCUUGCAAAAUCUGUUCCGUAUGGGCCUCCACCAUGUUUUCAAAGCCCAACGCCACCAAAAUCUUUGAACCUUGAGGACAAGGUUCUCCAAGAGGAUGAGAGUAUUGUUAUGCAGCCCAAUAGGCCCAAGAGAGUUAAGAAAGUGCCUUUUUAUUUUAAAGACUAUUGUUAUUAA